ACAAGUGGCUCAUACAACGAUCGACCGAAGUUAGCCACAGGCAACACGACGAUGACGACAACAACAACCAGAACAACAAUCAGAACAACGAUGACAGCGAGACACGGAUUCUUCUCGACAGCCACCGCGGUGCUGCUGCUCUGCGCAGCCCUGCUGCUGACCAAAUCCUGCGGCGCUCAGGCCCUUAGCGGUGCUGGUAGCGGCGAUUUGGCCUGGAGCGAAACAACAACGCUUGCCGAGGGCAGCGGUUGGGAGGAGACGAUCAUUACCACACCACAGCCUGACGAGUCCACCGUGCAGGAGGAAGUGACAACGGAUGCCACUGAGGAGCUGGACACUACAACAAUAGCUGUCGAAAAUCCACCAGAGAGUAGCGUAGAGACAACUACUGCUGCCGCUGAGGAUGCGGAAACCACGCUCAGUCCCAGCGAGCCGGAGGCAGAGACCACAGUCGCACCCAAUGAGGAGUCAUCCACAUCGAGCCCCAGCGAGCAGCAGCCAACUGAUGGCCCCAGUGGAGAGCCCUCCACUUCGGCACCCACUGGCAGUCCUAGCGAGGAGCCAACCACUGGCAGUCCUAGCGAGGAGCCAACCACUGGCAGCCCCAGCGAGGAGCCAACCACUGGCAGUCCUAGCGAGGAGCCAACCACUGGCAGUCCCAGCGAGGAGCCAACCACUGGCAGCCCCAGCGACCAGCCAUCCACAUCGAGUCCCACUGAGGAGCAGUCCUCUGCCAGCCCCGGCGAACAGCCAUCCACAUCCAGCCCCAUUGAGAGCUCAUCCUCUGCCAGCCCCAGCGAACAGCCAUCCACUUCCAGCCCCGGCGAGGAGCAGCCCACAACUCCAGAAGAAGAGGCAGGCGCCACCACCAUUGCACCCACACCACCGGCACCGCCCGCAUUCACGUGCGAGACCCCUGGUGUAUUCGCCCACAUCAGCGGUGACUGUCAACGCUUCCAUAAAUGCGUCCAGGAUGCUCCUUUGGGUGCGCUGAAUGAAUACGACCUGGUGUGCCCCCCGCUGAUGGCUUUCUCGCCCGAGUACGGCCGUUGCGUGCGCGACGUCUCGGCGUGCGACAAUGAUGCAUUCGUUUGCGCAUCUCCCGGACGCUUUGCAGGCAACGACUCCAGCUACUACUACAACUGUGUGGUGAGCUUGCGCGGUGGCUAUCACAAGUACAUUGUGCGCUGCUCGCCCGGCCAGCGCUUCGAGCCGUUGAUGGGCCGUUGCUGGCGCUACGACUGGACAGUUUACCAGCCCGGACAGGCGUAUGAGGCCGAAGAUUUGGCCGCCAUCAAGCGUGAACAGAAGCAGCUGAAGACCGAGGAGAAGCUGCGCAAGAAGGCCGAAAAGAUCAAGGCCAAAGAGCUGCUGAAGCAACAGAAGCUGGCCGAUAAGCUGGCCAAAAAGGCGGCCAAGGAGAAGGCAAAGCAAGAGGCCAAGGCCAACAAGCCUGUGUCCAUUGAGAGCGUCGAGUCGCCCGAGGUGCCCAGCGUCGAAGAAUAACCAGGCCCAGUCACUCAGUCCAGUAAUCCAGUUCUAAUCUAUGUUGGUGUAUAGCGUAGUCUCAUUAAGUUAUGGUUGUUAAUUUCACAUUUUUUUUUUCUCCCUGUUUUGCAUGAAUAAAGACAAGAGUUCUUUAA